UACGCAUGCGCUUUAUAGUAGUCAUCAUCGCCAUCCCCUGAAGUUGGGCAGCCUGUGGUACCCAGUACCCCGAGCUGCUGCUGGACCAAACGUGUAGCCAUUGUUAGGAGCAAGGACACCCCGGACAACUCUCACACAAGCAGGACCGAGCCUGCACCGGACCCCGCCGAACACCCACGAUUUUGAAUUCUGACCCCAGUGCACCUGGUCAGGCUUCCUCUUCUCUGAACUCAGCUGUCCUCCUGCGGCGGCAUUUGACUUCAUCUCCUCCUUCAUCUCCAUCUUCAUCUUCCUUGUGAGCAGAGAUGGCUCCAGCGGUGGGUGGGCCUGUGGGGUACACCCCUCCUGAAGGUGGCUGGGGCUGGGCGGUGGUGGUGGGGGCCUUUAUCUCCAUUGGCUUCUCCUACGCUUUCCCCAAAUCCAUCACCGUGUUCUUCAAAGACAUAGAGGUCAUCUUCGACGCCACACCCAGUCAGGUGUCCUGGAUCUCCUCCAUUAUGCUGGCUGUCAUGUAUGGUGGAGGUCCAGUCAGCAGUAUCCUUGUGAACAGAUUUGGCAGUCGACCAAUCAUGAUAGUCGGUGGCUGUCUGUCAGGGUCGGGACUGGUAGCGGCCUCCUUCUGCAACACCGUGGAGCAGCUCUACUUCUUCAUCGGAGUAGUGGGAGGUUUGGGACUGGCAUUCAACUUGAAUCCAGCCCUCACUAUGAUCGGUAAAUACUUCUACAAGCGCCGGCCCAUCGCCAACGGCAUCGCUAUGGCAGGCAGCCCCGUGUUUCUGUCCACCCUGGCUCCACUCAACUCCUGGAUGUACGAUCAGUUUGGGUGGAGAGGCAGCUUCCUCAUCCUGGGAGGACUUCUGCUCAACUGCUGCGUGGCCGGCUCCCUCAUGCGCCCCAUCGGACCCAAACCUCAGCCGCCCAAACCGGACUCGGCGGGGGACAAGGCGGUGGACUCAGUACAACCACAGCCUAAGAAGACAGUCCUGCAGACCGUCAACUCCUUCAUUGACCUAACGCUUUUUAAACACCGCGGCUUCCUGCUUUACCUGGGUGGCAACGUCAUCAUGUUCUUCGGCCUCUUUGCUCCGCUCGUCUUCCUCUCCAAUUUUGCCAAGAGUAAGGGCAUCAGCAAAGACAAGGCAGCCUUCCUUCUGUCGGUGCUGGCGUUCGUCGAUAUGGUUGCCCGGCCCUCCAUGGGCAUACUGGCCAACACCAAGUGGGUCCGGCCCAGGAUCCAGUACUACUUUGCCGCUGCUGUCUUCUACAACGGAUUGUGUCACGUGUUUGCGCCGCUGUCAGUGGACUACGUUGGAUUUGUGAUCUACGCCAUCUUCUUUGGUUUCGCUUUUGGCUGGCUGAGUUCGGUGCUGUUCGAGACACUGAUGGACCUGGUGGGAGCUCAGAGGUUCUCCUCAGCCGUGGGUUUGGUUACAAUAGUGGAGUGUGCGCCGGUGCUGUUGGGUCCACCACUAACAGGUAGUUUCUAUAACUAUUACGAACACUACAACUACACCUACGUCUGCUGUGGCAUCAUCCUCCUCGUCUCAAGUGUCCUCCUCUUCGUGGGAAUGGGCAUCAACUACCACCUGCUGGACCGAGAAAGGAAAGAGGAGGAGAGAAGAGACAGGGAGGAGCCCAAGGGGGAGCGCGACGCCAUGUUGGCGCCUCCCUCUCCGUCAAAAUCCAUCGAGGGGGCAACGGAGAACAGCACACCGGCGGCUAUCACACUGGCUGAAGUCGCCAAGAUGGACGAGGACACUGUGUAGAAAAUUUUAAAAGAAAUGGACUUCAGAGAAACAUGAGUUGCAGUUACUCAGUACAACCUCACACCGUCUUUAUAGAUAGAAAAUAACCUCUUACACGACCCUGAAGCCAUAGAAACAGUUUUCAUUAAAAAACAGACCUGCUGCUGCGACGCUCAGCUUAGCUGACUGCAGAGCUCGUCAAGCAGCUUCUCACCGCGUUGAGACCUCUGGUUUUGGUAUUUAACGUGCCUUUGGUAAACACAAGUCCUUCAGGAGCGCACACACCAGAUAGACGCACAACAGGCAGAAUGACUGUAAGAUAAAAAGCCAGUAAACUAAUGAGGACUUAACUCUCAGGAUUUUUGAGCUACCGUAAAGGUUCAGAGUUUUUGUUGCAGUACCCAGAGAAUGCUGUACAUCUUCCCUCACGUACUAACACACUCACACUUGCACACAUUCAUAUUAAUGUCGAUACAGUAAAUCCGCUCACAUGCUAGAGUGUGGAGUCGCUGACAUUUCCAGGUUUUUAUGCAGAAGAAAAGAACACAAAAAUAGAAAGGACGGUUUUGGAAUUCUGGAAGUUCACCACCAGGGAGAAGUACUUCCUUUUUUGUCGGCAGUAGUGAAAUUUUUAACCCUUAGUCAACGACAAAAGGCACAAAAAUUGAACGGUGCUUAAAAAUACAAAGAUAAACGAUGGGAAGGAAGUUGAAAACUGAUGUAUCUUUUGGUCUAGAAGGGCACAACGCUAGCGGUGUAGAAGGCAUUGUUAAUGGUGUGCUUGUACAUAAAUACGUGUGCACUUUGA